UCAGCCCCCUAAUCAAAUCACCAGAUACCCAAUGAAUCGAAUGCCCACCCACACCACCACUUCGAUCUCCCUUCUCCAAUCCCAAUGUCCAUAUUAUAUAUAUAUGUACUAUAUAUAUGAGCUCCCUCGACACCCUCUCACCCUCUUACCUCAACCACAGAGCGCACCAUGAGACCCGGCCAGGACCCCUCGACUCGGCCCGGCCCACCGAGCCGCACCCGGCGCCGCCCCGACCUCACCCUUCCCCUCCCCCUCCGCGACGCCUCCCUCGCCGUCCCCCUCCCCCUCCCCCCGCCCUCCGCCCCCGCCGCACCCCCGCAGGUCCCCGAUCUCGCCGACCUCGAGCGCGUCCGCCGCGUCGGCAGCGGCGCGGGCGGCACGGUGUGGAUGGUCCGCCACCGCCUCACCGGCCGCGUCUACGCGCUCAAGGUGAUCCAUGGCCACCACGACGACGGCGUCCGGCGCCAGAUGCGCCGCGAGAUCGAGAUCCUCCGCGCCACCGACAGCCCCUCCGUGGUGCGGUGCCACGGGUGCUACGACCGGGGCGGGGAGAUCCAGGUGCUCCUUGAGUACAUGGACGGCGGGUCCCUGGAAGGCCGCCGCAUCGCCUCGGAGGCCCAGCUCGCCGACGUGGCGCGGCAGGUCCUGGCGGGGCUCGCGUACCUCCACCGCCGCCGGAUCGUGCACCGCGACAUCAAGCCGUCCAACCUCCUGAUCAACGGCGCGGGGGAGGUCAAGAUCGCCGACUUCGGAGUCGGCCGGAUCCUGGCGCAGACGAUGGACCCCUGCAACUCCGCGGUUGGGACGAUCGCCUACAUGAGCCCCGAGCGGAUCAACACCGACCUCAACGAGGGCGCCUACGACGGCCGCGCCGGCGACAUCUGGAGCUUCGGGGUCAGCGUCCUCGAGUUCUACCUGGGCCGCUUCCCCUUCGGCGAGCGGCUCGGGAGGCAGGGCGACUGGGCGAGUCUCAUGGUGGCCAUCUGCUACGCGGCGCCGCCGGAGGCGCCGCCCACCGCAUCCCCGGAGUUCCGUAGCUUCGUCGCUUCCUGCCUGCAGAAGGAGCCCGCGCGGAGGCUCACGGCGUCGCAGCUCCUGCGCCAUCCCUUCGUGGCCCAGUCGCCGGUGGCCGCUCCGCCGGAUCUCUCAUCUCUGAGACUCGGAUAGACGGCCAAGACGACCUCCGAGGAUAAGAAUGAUUGUGUCUUUUUUUCGGAAAACCCCCUGGAAAGUUGACAUUUUGGAAGGCGGCCAGUGAGAUGGUAGUUGUAUUUUGUUCGAAAAAGCCCCUCGAAGAAAAAGAAUUGGAAGGUGGGCACCAAACAGAGGAGACUUAUUGUAGAAUUAGUUCCCUUUCUCCUCCUAUUUCUAUUUCGCAUUUAUUUUAUUUGAAUUUUACAUCUUGUCAAAAUAUUACUCCGACUAAAUCCCCAAUGUUGUUGUCGUAAUUUAAUUCUUACAAAUGGGGCAGAGGUUUUUAUAUUCA